AUUAACAUUGGCCGGCUCCAAAAAGUUAAUAAUUUUAUAAAAAGUGUUUGGAUCAUCAUCAUCACAUCUUUAACCGCUGAGGCAGUGCAACAUAAAAUUUUGAUUAUUUUCUAAAAUCUGUUUAACGGGAAUUUCAACUAAAUAAGAAAACAAUGGCUGAACCAAUUCGUGUUGUUGUUACCGGCGCUGCUGGCCAAAUUGCCUACUCUCUCCUUUACAUGAUUGCUCGUGGUGAAGUUUUCGGUAAGGAUCAACCUUUGAUCUUGCACUUGUUGGACAUCCCACCAAUGGUUGGUGUUUUGGAGGGUGUUGUUAUGGAAUUGGCUGAUUGUGCUUUGCCUUUGCUUCGCGAAGUUGUACCCACCACCGAUCCCGCUGUUGCCUUCAAGGAUGUUUCUGCUGCUUUCUUGGUUGGUGCUAUGCCCCGCAAGGAAGGCAUGGAACGUAAGGAUUUGUUGUCCGCCAACGUAAAGAUCUUCAAGGCCCAAGGUCAAGCUUUGGACCAAUAUGCCCGCAAGGACGUUAAAGUUUUGGUUGUUGGCAAUCCCGCCAAUACCAAUGCCGUUGUUUGCUCUUUCUAUGCUCCCUCAAUUCCUCGCGAAAACUUCAGCGCUAUGACACGUUUGGAUCAAAACCGUGCCACAGCUCAAGUUGCUGCCAAGGCUAAGGUUCCCGUUAGCCAAGUUAAGAACGUUAUUAUCUGGGGCAACCACUCCUCCACCCAAUUCCCUGAUGCCAGCCAUGCCGUCGUCAGUGUUGGUGGUGCUGAAAAGUCUGCUGUAGAAGCUGUAGGUGAUGCUGAAUUUUUGAAGGGUUCCUUUGUUGAAACCGUCCAGAAGCGUGGUGCUGCUGUAAUUGCUGCCCGUAAAAUGUCUUCUGCUAUGUCAGCUGCCAAGGCUGCCUGUGAUCACAUGCACGAUUGGUGGAACGGUACCGCUGCUGGUCAAUUCGUUUCAAUGGGUGUUAUUUCCGAUGGCAGCUACGAUGCUCCCAAGGAUGUUAUCUACUCCUUCCCAGUUGAAAUUAAAAACAAACAAUGGAAGAUCGUACAAGGUUUGUCCCUUGACGAUUUCGCGAAGUCGAAAAUGGCCAUUACCGGCAAGGAAUUGUUGGAAGAGAAAAAUGAAGCUAUGGCUGUCUGUAAUGCCGAAUGACUAGCUAGCCCCAACAAAGACUCCAAAUUGUAAAUGAUUUGCGGCCAACUAAGCUCAAAAUCACUCUUACACCGCAAUUUUAGAGUUAAGACCGUGUAAAUUUCCUAAUUCGACCCCAUAAACAACUGUCCUCUCCUUUGAUCAAUCCCUCAUAAAUGUUUUCUCUCUCGUUUCGGAGACGAUACCUAGUCGCCUGCUACAAAAUUUGUUUACUUAAAUUUAGUGAUAUUCGUUUUAAGAACAACGCAUUUAGAAUAUGAAAUUAAUUCCCAACUUGUAAUUUCACACGAUUGUUUAACUUUUUUGUACAUCACAAAUAAAAUUUGUGUAUAAUAAAGUUAAAAUAAAUAACAUUUAAAUUAAAAAA